UUUCUGUCUGCAGCCGGAGGAUUGAUGCCAGCAUGCCGACAGCAGCUCGGACUGCAAACUGCAGCAGGACUGGGACCAAACUGAGCUGCUGGACUCCUCUGAACCAUCCACAGACCAACAGCAAGGUGUUCGCAGAGAGACGCAGCCUCCUGGCCAAGUGGUUUGACCGGUGGACGGACGGCCAGAGGAAGGCCGUCCUGCAGGACCUGGUCCAGAGCUGCUCGGUGGGGCAGCUCAGCUUCCUGAGCCUCAGCCUGAGCGGACGGCUCCCCCUGCAGGCCGCGGACUUCGCCUGCCUGCUGCCCAGGGCCCUCUGCCUCUACGUCUUCUCCUUCCUGGACCCCCGCAGCCUGUCCCGAUGUGCUCAGGUGAGCUGGCACUGGAGGAGCAUGGUGGACCUGGACCAGCUGUGGAUGAGGAAGUGUCUGAAGCUGGGCUGGUGCGUCCACCCCUGCCCGACUGCCUUUGAGCAAGGCGUCUGGAAGAGACGCUACAUCCAGGGCGUCCAGGAGCUGAAACUGAGCCGCCUGCAGCAAGGCAGGAUUCCAGCGGUCAGCAGGAGACAGGAGGCGGAUGCCACGGCCUUCGGGGGCGGGGGGAGUCCAGCAUCGACCCCCCAGACCGCGGGGAGACGCUCCGGAUCGGGGUUAAAGACGGAGAAACAGCCACCGUGGAGAGACUCGGACAGACACCCCAAAGACACCGUCCGCUUCAACUACCUGGACAACCUGGACCCCCCCCCAGAGGACCGGACAGGGUCCUCCAGCAGCAGGCGGCGGUCCGACGCUCAGUACAAGCUCCGCAAGGCCAAGUCGCUGGUACACUGCCCCCUCCCAGCAGAGACCUGGGAGAGCCUCCUCCGCCUGUCCCGGUGUGACGCCGGCGUCCGGCCGGGCCCGGUCAGGCCGCCGGUGCCCCGUCUGAGCGAGGAGGCGCUCCGGGCGGCACGGCGCACGCACAGGAGCGCUCCUGGGACUCCACUGUUUCCCUCUCAGCCCUGGAUGGAGCUGGCCUCUCACGCACGAGGGCAAAACACCGCCCCCUGGUCCUCCAGCAGCAGGCGGCGGUCCGACGCUCAGUACAAGCUCCGCAAGGCCAAGUCGCUGCCUUGA